UAAGCCGCGCCUUGGUUCCCUCGCCUCUCUGGGCCUCAGUUUCCCUUCCUAGAGUAGUGGGGUGAGAUCCGCCCUCCCCGAGCGCGCCCCUUCCUACCCCGCGCACACCCGCGUCGCCGGCGAACUCCAGGAGCCGGUCCCAUGGGGCGCCGCCUCGACCUCCGGGAUGAAGCUGUCGUCGCACCCUCCUCCGUAGCCCGCAGCACGCCGAGGACCCCUUUAGGGAGUAUGCCGAGCCGCGCCAGCGCUUCUGUGCCAGCGAGGCAGACUCCCCCACCUGGAGCGAUCAGAAACCUUCUCGGUCGGUUCUGGCGCUGGGAGGCCCACACCAGGAGCAGCUGGGAUCAGGCACACAGACCCUGCUUAUGAGUAAGAUCACAGACCCUGCUCUCUCAGGCAACUGGAUAUGUACAAGGGGCUCACCCACCCAGAGUCCAGAUGACACUCAUGCCGAUGGCGUCAGUGAUGGCAGUGACUGAACCAAAAUGGAUGUCGGUCUGGGGUCGUUUGCUAUGGGCAGUGCUGCUGAGCAUGGUGCUGGGGUCCCUGCUGACCCUGCUGCUGCCGCUGGGGGCCAUGGAAGAACAGUGUUUGGCCCUGCUCAAAGGCUUCUACCUGCUCAGGAGCAAGCUGGAGAGGACACAGCACACAGCCAAGUGCCCCAGCCCCUCUACAGAGCUCAGCGUCACCUCCAGGGAGGCAGCACUGCUAGUGGUCAAGACCAAGGCCUCUCCGGCCGGUAAAUUGGAAGCAAAAGCAGCUUUGAACCAAGCCCUGGAAAUGAAACGCCAGGGUAAGCGGGAGAAAGCCCACAAGCUCUUCCUGCACGCCCUCAAGAUGGACCCGGGCUUCGUAGACGCACUCAAUGAGUUUGGCAUCUUUUCAGAAGAAGACAAGGACAUCAUCCAGGCGGAUUAUUUAUACACCAGGGCGCUGACUCUCUCGCCCUACCACGAGAAGGCACUGGUCAACCGGGACAGGACGCUACCGCUGGUGGAGGAGAUCGACCAGAGGUACUUCAGCAUCAUCGACAGCAAAGUGAAGAAGGUCAUGUCCAUCCCCAAGGGCAACUCAGCGCUGCGCAGGGUCAUGGAGGAAACGUACUACCAUCACAUCUACCACACGGUGGCAAUUGAGGGCAACACCCUCACUCUCUCGGAAAUCAGACACAUCCUGGAGACCCGCUAUGCCGUCCCGGGGAAGAGCCUGGAGGAGCAGAACGAGGUCAUCGGCAUGCACGCGGCCAUGAAGUACAUCAACACGACGCUGGUCUCCCGCAUCGGGUCCGUCACCAUCACUGACGUGUUGGAGAUCCAUAGGCGGGUGCUGGGGUACGUGGACCCAGUGGAGGCCGGCCGGUUUCGGAAGACACAUGUCCUUGUGGGCCACCACAUCCCACCCCACCCUCAAGAGGUGGAGAAGCAGAUGCAGGAGUUCAUACAGUGGCUCAACUCCGAGGACGCCAUGAACCUGCACCCGGUCGAGUUUGCAGCCUUGGCCCAUUAUAAACUCGUUUACAUCCACCCUUUCGUCGAUGGCAACGGGCGGACCUCGCGCCUGCUGAUGAACCUCAUCCUGAUGCAGGCCGGCUACCCGCCCAUUACCAUCCGCAAGGAGCAGAGAGCCGAGUACUACCACGUGCUGGAGGCCGCCAAUGAAGGCGACGUGAGGCCGUUCAUCCGCUUUAUCGCCAAGUGCACGGAGACCACCCUGGACACGCUGCUCUUCGCCACGACGGAGUACCCUGUGGCGCUGCCAGAGGCCAAACCCAACCACUCUGGGUUCAAGGAGACACUGGCCCUGAAGCCCUGACGCCUGUAAAUGCCCCCCCGGUAAUGUCGAUAGGGAGAUCAGGGUAAGACUUAGCAUUUCUAGAAACCUAGAUGUGUCCCAAAGCCAAAGGAGGCAGAUAAGGACCUUAAAGCAUUCUUACCUCCAAAUUUUUUUUGUUGUUGUUGUUAAAGAAAACUAAAUUAUUAAGCUUUCUCUCUAAGAUAACUUAUAAUUCUGCCAAGUUAUUUAUUUUCUUCUUUUGAGCUAGCCAGUGUGGUGUCUGCUGUGUGCGCUGGUGGCCCUGAGCUUGUGGUUCCAGCAGGUUUUGGAGACAACGGUGCCCCUCGUGUGACGAGAACACCAAGUUCUGGAGCAGAAUUUGCACUAAGGUGGAAGAGGCCGGGAGCUGCGGGACAAGGCCAGGAGCCAGAGCACAGCCCCUCUGAGUGUCUGCAAUUGGCUGACAGCCUGCGACUACGUGGGACCUCACUCCUAGGGAGAAGCCAGCCCCAGUUCUGAGAUGAGUGGAGGCCUAGAAGAUUUUGCUCCCUGGCACAAAUGACAGCUUCCUGGGUGAGAAGUGAAUGCCUGCUGGAUGCUGAUGGCACUCCCAGCCACACAGCCCUGCUCACUUCACAGAGCCCUUGAGCCAGUUUGCAAACCUCCAAGCAGAGGCUGCUGUUUUCCAGCUCGUCUGUUUUUCAGUGAAGGGAAGGGAAUGGCCGGCCUGGGUCUCCUGUGUAUUCAUUUCUUGCCCUUCACUCACAGCAGCUCAGACCCGCUUUCAGUCUGCAAGUUCUCUGGGCCGACCUGCCCCACCAGACAGCAAGCCAGGCAUCUUCCAAGCCGGCUCGCCUGCCCUUGCUCCCACUCCGAGUUAACCUCUCUCAGGCGAUGACCUUCAAGAACAUGCCUAACACUCUGGAUAACGGGCUAGCCAGUGUAUGUUUUCACCACCUGGGCCAGGGCACAUCCCCUCUGCCAUGCAGUUACCCCUGGCCAACCAACUGGCCGGCCCCACAGCCAGUGUGCUUGCUGCCUGGCACUCCCUCAGGGGAGCAGAGGUUGCCUGGAGUGGCCUUAUUUUAUAAAAGCAGCUUGUAAAAUGACAGUGUUGUAUGUCGCACAGCCAAGCUGCCAUUCAACAGAAGCAGAAAAUUCUCUGUCAGUCAAGCGUGGCACAGUGCCAGCAAGACCGCAGCUGCCGAGCCAGAGUGGCCGGAACCCCGGGGCUCCUGUCCCCGGCGGCCGCGGUGUGGGUGCAUCCUGCACCUCUGAGUCUGAGUGAUGGGGACAGAAUGGUGCUGCCUGACUUGAGAAUUCAGAUCUGAGAGUAUGAGGCCACCGUUCUGAGGUAGCCAUUACAGUAAUUCAGUUGUCUAGCCACACUCAGUUUUCUGGAAGAUGAAGAAAGGUAAAGUGUAGAACGGUCCCAGCGGUAUUCCAAACCUCUGUAGGAGUAUUUCCGUAAGGUAUGCUGCCACGGGUCCGAACCUGAACUCUGCUGUAUAGGUCUGGGUGUCAUCGGUACCCCGAGAAGCCUGACUGAAGUGCUUGCUUUGUACCGUAGAAUCUGCACUUUAGCAGCCUGUGAAAGAUGCCAGUUUAACGAUGACUGACUUCAAUAAAAUAUUUUAUUACAUAAAUGCCUGGGUAGUUGCUGUCUUGUUUAAGAGGUAUUCCCAUUUUGCAUCAGGACAUAAAAAGGAUCUCUAGAAUUUCAGCCCUAUUUAUCUUGUUCUGGCAAAAGAACAUUUCCAAGAUAACAGGGGGAAGCCUGCAAGUGUUAGGAAAAUGGACAUUUAUGAAAUUAGAAAUCUGGAUGGUUCUAUAUAUGGCCUCUGUCCUCAUCUCUGAGUGACACACACUACAUAGUACUGGGUAAGUACUGUCUCGGGGGUGGGAGAUAAGUCCCUCAAUCAGCAAGGAAGGAGAUGAGGGUAGAAAUGAAGGGAGACAGGCUGAGGGGGGUAAAUGCCCCAAGUACAGAGGAUUAUUAUUUUUUUCUAUUUCUUAACU